GUGCCCCACUGAAAGUCGACCUACAGCAAAGACUGACUGUUUGGAACAGCAAAAUUUAGUGGAAAUGUUACCCAAAGUGUGGAUAGCAGGAUUCAAUCCGUUUAGCUUGGAUCAAUGUGGAGCAUGGAAUGAAAUUGAUUUGAACGAGUACUUUAAAAUCUCAAAUGCAUCCCCUAAAGAAGAAAGUCUUUUGGAAAUCACCUCCACACAUGCUCUGUUGGCCAACGGAAGUCAACUGUUUUCGUAUUCCGCCGUAACGGAGGACAACAACCAACAGACAUUGGCCCACAAGGUAGUGUCCAUUUCGGCCAGCAAUUGGCACUGUCUGAUUCUGCUGGAAAACGGUGACCUCUUCCGGUACGACAUCCACGAAAAUCGGCUAAGCAAGCUGGACUUUCUGAACGUUGAACGGCCGUCGAAUGUUUCGAAUGAUGAGCCGGAAACAAUCACGAUGAUCGCUUGUGGCGAUCAGGUGUCGCUGGCGGUUACCAGCGCCAAAUCGGUGUUUAAUAUUCCCAACCGGACGAUUACGUUCCCACGGCACGUCCGGAUUUCGAAGAUUGCUGUCGGACUAGAACAUUGCCUUGUGCUAACCACUAAUGGAGACGUGUACAGUUUUGGUGGUGGAUUACGCGGUCAACUGGGCAACGGUGAGAUUGUUCCGCACCAGGAGCAGCCCGAACUGGUGGAUGCUUUGGCCGGGGUCAAAAUCGUGGAUAUCGCCGCCGGUGGAUGGCAUUCGGUGGCUGUUUCCGCGUUUGGCGAUGCGUACUGCUGGGGUUGGAACAGCCGGGGCCAGUUGGGAUUGCCGGCGGGGAAAGGUUCGGUGCAAUCGGUGCCACAGCUGGUGGAUAUUGAAGGAGACGACGGAGAGGAGGUUUCGCUGGAAAAAGUCUACUGUGGAAGCGGACAUUCCGUGGGGGUUUGCUCGAAGGGUAGGGCAUAUUUCGCGGGGAAUGAUUUGGAGGAGAAAAUUAAUUACUUAAAAGUGGACAGAGAUCCAAAAAUCGAACGGUUCAAAAAGUUUUCACUUCCGGCACAGUCGAACGGAACGGCUGAUUUGAAAUGUGGUCCAAAUUCAUUAUUUUUCCUGGCUAAAACGUAAGUCAACCACAUCGUUGGGCUAGGGCACGCUAAGUUUGUGCUACUUGCUAACAGAUGUCGCUGGUUAAAAUGUUUGCAGACAGGGUUGCCAAAUGCAAUUGUAUGGUUCGUAGAAUGUAAAAAUAAGAAUGAAUAUAAUAUGUUUUAUAGUA